GAUGUAAACUAAAUUACUUCACAGUCCACUCUCAUUAAAGUGGGCUGCUGCUGAGCUAGAGAGAACCGUGCCAUUAUCUGGAUGACAUCACCGGGGUUAUUUUCAGAGUCGGUUAAGCUUGAGAGGGAAUUGUUUGUCCUCCAACCACAGAAACGAUUACAUUAGUGAUCCGGAUCAUCAAUUCAGCAGCGUUGCUGUUGCUAUGUCAAAUUAAAUGAAAACCACAUUCAAACCCCAAAGACACUUCUGACUUUAUAUUAACUUGCUUUUUCUAUGAAAUUUAAAUGAUCCACAAAACGUAAAAACUGUCAGGUGUUUACCAAAGGAAAACAGCUGGUAAAUGUGGUCUUUUUUUCUGUCUGUAUGUUCUCACUAUGUUUGUGUUUGUUUUUGUGACUCUCUUUUCCUCCCACAACCUCAAACUAAUAGAGCAUUGUCUUAUGGUUUUUGGCUGGUUUCAAUCCAACCAAUUUAUGAGCAAAUUUGAAUUGCUUUGAGGUGAUCCACAUCCUCAAGGCAUAUAUGUUACGCUUGUGUGCGAAAUCACGUUUUCUCAAUGGACACAAAUUCAACAUGCACUUGCACACGUCCAGUCUGUAUGUUGGAACAGGAACAACUGUGGUGUGUGAAUGAGACCUGUCAGUGAGUUGCUCCCAGUAUUUUUUUUACUCUACAGUAGAUUAGUAAUUUGAAAAGAAAAUAAAACAUUAAAAGGUUGAGGAAAGUGUCUGAAGUCACCACCAACCAGCACAUAGAAUAAUUGCUAAAUAAAAAUAAAUUAUAUAUUUUUUGUCCUUCAAUAAACGUCUUUUGUCAUUGAAGGGAUGUGUGUGUAUUCACCACCAUCAGGGUUGUUGAAUGGGUCACUAUAUGUAGAGACAUAUUUGGUUUCAUAUCCAUCAAUCAUCAGUGAUUCUUGUGGAGUCCUGUGGUGUGAGAAAUAAAAGUAGCUGGGUUUGGUUCCCAUGUGUUAGGAAGCUCUCUCUGGAGGAAGAUCUGAACAGCAUCACAGUGGUUGUCCAACCCCGAAGAGUUUUCAAUAGGAGAUUUCUUUUGUGUCAGAUUGAGUUCAUAAGACGAGCAGAACUGAGUAGCGUAGCUCCCAGAACUUCCUGUGGUCUCAUAGCAACCUCAAUGAGGCUGAAAGGAUGGGUUGAAGAGGGAAAGAGUCUUAGAAAUUGUCAAGCUGUGGUCCUGCUCUGGUGUUUUUCAGAUGCUUUUUGUACAUGGCUGUUCUAUUUACCCGCCCCAGCAAAACCCUCUAUUCAAUAGGCAUGUGUUUUGUAGAUGUUUUUCGAACAAGUCCCAUGGCAAACGUUGUCAGGGUGUGCAAACUAAUCCCUGGAUACUGUGGUCAGGUUCAUGUUAACAAGUUCGGAUUAACGGUGCUUUGGUCGACGGCCUCCAAUCAUGAUCAACCAAUAUCAGCCAAUCGCCUUUCAUUGCGGAUAACAAGUACCGAUCACAUGUAGCGUCUGGAGAAGCGCUGUGUAGUGUCCUCCCCGUCUUUCCGACUCUCUACUCGCUUAUGGCAGCUACAGUAGAGAACAAAGUUUGCAUCCUAGAACAAAGAAAAUAGUGGGAGAAGAACAUUCAAAGGUUUCAACACAAUGAGUUAAAUACGCCAUUAAAAGAAUAGGCACUUGACGGAGUCUGGUGAGUUUUCGGCUUAUAUGUUUACAGCAGAAGAUGAGGGAAAGACCACUGAUUCAUCAGCAACAGUGAGACGGUGCUAAACUCAGCCAAGCAGCACUUGCCUGUAUGAGUGAGACGGUAGCUAGUAGCACUCUCUAUCUUGAAGCCUGCAACAUGCAAACAAUAUGUAGUCCACUAACGUAGCCAAGCCAAGCUUCACCAGACAGUGUAAUCUCCCAUCCAAAUGUUGGUGGUUCAUGCACAGUGUUCCCUCGCUCGAUCGCGCUUCACCUUCCACGUCUUCAGUGGAUUGCGGGUUUUAUACUGGGCUUCCCACUGUCAAGCAAACAAGGCUUGUCGGAAGCUCUGAUAGCACACUUCCUCUUUCUCAAGUGACAAAUAAACUCCCAAUGCAUGACGGACCGCUGCUCCAAUUCAAAUCGGUGAUGCGGCUCAGCGUCCAAUUGGAGUGGACAGGAUCGUUCAGAUAGGACAUUAGCCUGUGAAAAGUGAUGUGAAUCUGGGAAAAUUUCAUAAUGAAACGCUACUACAGACUUAUUUGCAUUUUACAACAGGAACGUUAUGAUAUGGACCACAGCUCCGCGCCGUGUGUCGGGAUUCACACAGUGCACAUGAGUAUGGAGAACUGAAGUUCUUGAUCAUACAAAAUUGGCUUCUUAAGGGAAUUGAAAACUCAGUGAUCCACUCUCUGUGGACGUUGCACCAUGGUGCUGCUACUACGUAGAUUUCAAAUAUCGUGCCGGGGAACAUACUGUAACCUCCACGAUAAACGAGUCAACACUUCAGCAGUUGUCAGUACUGCUUCUAGAAUACAAAUUGAAAGCCAUGUGAAUAGUAGGCUGAUCGGUAUCUGCAAUCGACAGCAAAAAGAAACUGAUCUGAGAAUCCUUAGUCCAAAUUGUUCACUGUUGCACUACCUUUAUGGCGGUUUGCUGAUUCCAUAGUUCCCACAUAGUCCCACAAUCAAAUUGGGCCUUCAUGAAUCUCAGGUUUGUUGUCCGAAAACUCCUAAACCUAAACCCUCCGGUAAAACACACGCUGUUGUUUCUUCAUCAUUCGUUAUUGUGGCUACGAGGGAUGUGCGAUAAGUUACCGUACAUGACACACCGCCAAACACAAUCUUCACGAUGACAAUUCUGCAUUUCGCAGUAAAUUUGAUAAACACACUGCUUACUCACUGCACUGGACAUGCACACGUGACCUUGGCAAGACUGUGACGGUGCACCGUGCUCUCCAGCUCUGUGGCGUUUGACAACACCGGCGUGUGACAGUUCUGGAGAGUGUGGUGGACUUUGAUUCACAAUCGUAGUUUUAAACUUAAUUUUUAAUACAGGGAACCUUUGCUAAUGACUUUGAUUCUCUGGGUAUGUGUUUAUUUUAUUAGAUGGAGUGGUCCUCAUAGGUUCUCUGACGCGGUCAUCUGCCUUGGUUCAUAUCAACACAUGCAGGUCUCCUGCUGCACUGCCGCUUCGGCGAAACACCGUAGUGAAAAUAGUUGGAUAUUGGACGGACCUCCGCUUCGCUGUUGGUGGUGGUGUCCUCUUCCGCGCCCCCAUUAGGGUUCACUGAUCGUAGACAUGCGCUCAUUGGGCAGCGCUAAUGCUAGAACCUGGCAUCAGUUAGGGACCAUCAACAAAUUCUGAAGCGGUCAAAAUAUUAGUGAAAUCCAUUUUAGGAGAGAGAAUUGUGAAAAAGUUUUUCGUCACACUAGACAAAGGACUGACAGCCUGUAUAAUGAUUUCGAGAAUAGAACAUGACUAAAUUCACAUUAUUUCUAAUGUUUAUUCAGUAACAUCUAGGCAAUGUGUCCAGACUGGUUCAUAGUUAAAGUAAACUGUUGAGAGACAUGAGAUGCAGCAGACGGACGGCUCAAUUUAACCCCUAAAUAAAGCUAGCAGAGCAGUCUGUCAGACACGUUCGGACUCUACCAGAGACGUGAAACUUUGAAUUUCUCAUCUCUACACUUAGUUAACUGUUAUAUUUAAACAUAAACAAAUAAUGAUAUUGGAGACAACUCCACUAAUAACUUUCGUCAUAAAAUAGUUUCAAGAGAGACUUAAGUGUGUCCAACACUUGGAAUAGAAUGAAAAUGUAUUUAUUGUGAUAAUUAGCGUUAUCGCCGAAAUUUAUCGCAAUAACUUUUUUUAUCCAUAUCGCCCAUCCCUAGUGGCUCCUCAUGUCAUGGCACUGUUCAGAGUGUUCAUUUGUAUAUAAUGCAGUUAAACGCUUCCAUUAUUGUUGUCUCCUUCAGUUUUACUGACUUCUUCCAUUCAUGUCCGAAUGUGGUAGCAAUGUUUUUUUUUUUCUUUCAAUCAGAAGAUUUUCCGAUCUGCCCAUUUAUGUGGUGUUAUCUGGCUUGUGACUACAAAUCAGCUGACUUAUGGCCUGAUGUGACUCUUACAAUAGUGUGCAUUGUAACAAAUAAGACAUAGAGACAAUAAGACGCCUCAUUUCACUGGUGACACUUGACUCCGUUCAUUGGCCUGGAACCGAAGUAAAAACAAACAGACUAUUUUUUAAAAUCAAUCAUUGCCUCUCAUGAUCCAAACUUUACCACAGAGAACUCUCUGUCCGGGAGGCAUCAAAAAUGAUCACGCCACCUCAACUGGCUCCUCUAGUUGUGGAGGAGUAAAUGAAGACAUAUUCAACCGGUAGUAAUUGUGUUGUUUACAAAACUUCAGCCUCACUCUUGUCAUCUUCACUGCCUAUAAGUUGAGUAAUGGCGCAUCUUGGGCAGAGUAGUAGGGAUUAUAUUCAAUCAUGAAUUGCAAUUCAGAGUGAUGGAUGUCUGGUAUCUAUUUAUUGUAGCUACAGUCGGCCAUCGGCCAUCAAGCAAAUAUGAGCCUGACCUCUUUCACAAUGUGAUUGGAUUCUUCAGACCAAAUAGAUUUGAGUCUGGUGAACAUGAGCUCUGUGACACGCCAUGGGAUCAACUUCCACAUCCUAACGCUGCAUCACGACUCUGCCGGAUAUCUCCGCCUCAGCUUGCUCUCUGAAGCGACAUGUGAGCCAAGUCCAUUAAUAGUCCGGCCUCAGUUUGUGCGGUUUACUGGGAAAGUAGUUGACGGUGCUGUCCGGUCUGGGACUCAGAAGGAAUUACUUUGAUGCUUUUCCCCCCCGCCUACAUGUGUGUGACUAUGCUUUAUCCCUUCCUCUUUUUAUCCUCUACAUCAUCCCCAUCUUAGUUUGAUCAUCUCCGUGCUUCUGGGAAUAUUUCUAGUACACAUAAUCUGCCUCAGUGCAGCUGGAUAACUUUGAUAUUAUAUUGAUGCAUCAGGAGUGAUCACACUGCUGACCCCAACUUAAUUUAGCCCAGCUGAUGUUGGACUUUGUCACAUUAACAGGCACAUCAUGAAGUAAAACAGUGGAAUAUCCCCAGGUGACUGACCAACUUUGAUUUGCUCCAUCUUCCAUGUAGAGUAGUCUCUUGCCAAACUGACUGCAACAUUUGCUGUGUUUUGAUCUGUGGUUAGAGGCAGGCUGAGAACAAAAGUUCCAAAUAGUAAAAUCUACUCCAAAAAAAAAAAAUGCAGCGUGAGUCAUUUUCAAAAGGCAGGGGGUUCUAAUAUGAAUUAUGGGGCAUUUGUCGCAGUUACUUCAUGGCAGUUUUUAGUAGUUUUUUCACUGGCAGGUCACUGGAAUCCCAUCUGCACACUCUGCGGAGUGGUGGCUUCUUCAAAUACCGACUCCACCCACAACAUCUUUCGGCCUUACAUGAGUGAUAAAUCACGGGCUACUUGCUUACUAGAGCGCAUUCUGCAUGACUGUUGCUGUCUUGCAGAUAUACAUGUUGAGGGGGACAGUGACUAACUACCAUGAAGGUAGAUAACAUUGGUAGAGAGGUUUCGCAUCCAAGUAUUGGUUGAUCACUGUAUCGCGGUGUAUUUCAAGUCAUAGGAUCAGCUGCCUUGAUGAAGACAUCUUUUAAAGCUACAACAAGGUGCAACAAAUAUAUAUGCUAUUAUGCCUGCUAUUCUGACGCUAAAUACUGUUCUGGUGCUCACUUACCAGUGAACACAAACAACUCGGUCCAAUCCAAGUUUAGUAACAUUAGUCACGACAAAGACUGGAUAACUGUCCGCCGUAAUCCACCUGGAAUGUGCGCGUGUGUGGGAUUGUUGAGCACUGAUGACGCGGUCGACUUUUUCCCCCUUACUUCUUCCUAUUCUCUUCAAACGUGGUCAAUAUGUGAUAAUGGUUCAGGGCUCAUGUCGUGCAUGUUGAGAUUGUGAACUUAUUAACCCUUCCUUUACUGAAGCCAUGGGCAAACUGACGCAUCACACACAUACACACACACACUCAUACACACUUUUUUUUUCCACUGAGGCACACAGCUGAUGUAAUGGGUCCUUCUGUCCUGUAAUGGAAUUAAAACUCCUCCACAUUACCCACACGGCUGCUACACACACGGACACAAACACCCUUAAGUUGACAUCUCUUACUUGUCAUAGACUAGUUCUCUAGUGGCCUCUCAACCAAUCGGAUUGGCUGUGGCCCUGGCCUGGUUUAGAUGGGCCCACCCCCUGAAGCGGACUGCAGCGGAUGGGGCUAUUUCUGGUUACUGUCUUCUGUGUUCCCUCAUGCACGCACACACACACACACACACACACACACACACACACACACAUACAUUUGCAGUAAUAUAAUGUACGGCCUUGAGUAAUUGACAUUCGAGUCCAAGUCAGGCAUCGUUAUUGCAACCUAAAAAUAUCCCACUUCAUUAAUGGUCACCGCAACUAAGAAGCCGGAAAGGUCUCUGGCAAAGUGGCCUUGUUGAGAUGUGGUUAUUUAUUCAUUUGUUCAGUCAGCAAUUUUCCACUGCUCAUCCGAAACAGUCAGAGGGAGAGUUAAGCCACAGGGACUGGCCUGAGGGGUUGGACCCACAUUUUCCAGCCCAUAUGCAGCUUAAAUGUGGAAUUUUACUGGACAAUGAAAGGUUAUGUUUUUAUCAAAAUAUUAAAAAAUAAAACAUUCGCUUCCACCUCUUCAGACUAGCAGCCAUGCUCAUGCCUUGCAUAAUUAUUAUGAUGAGAAACAAGAGCAGUUGUGUUUUUAUGCUUUUCCAGGGGGACUAAUAUUAGACAUGUAUCUAAUCUGAUCAGGAUUCUGUCCUUUUGAAGGGCAAGUGAAUGCAUCAUAUAACUUGACAGCAAAAUGGCGGGAAACAAUGAUUUUAUGAGAACCCUAAUACUGGUGAGUCAUCCACAUGCGAUCCAGAUUUUGCCUGGGGAGGUUUCAGCGGUCAGUGGAUGCUGCUUGACCAGUGGUUACAACCGACCCAGAAUGCGUGAGGCUUCUGUUCCAUGGCCGAAUUUCAUUUCCUCAAUCACAAGCCAGCUUUACGCCGUCCACUUAGUCGCGCAUUAAAAAAAAAAAAAAAAAAGAAGCAGAAUGACAAAGCGAGGGACAGAGGAGUCAUCUGCACUCCCAGCUGUUCCGACCUGACCGCCAGCCUUCCAGAUUACUGCUGGACAGCCUGUCCCUGACGCACACACAGAAGACCUCUCAUGCCCUUAAUGCAUCCUUACAUGUUCCAGCCGGACCAUUCAGCCUCUUGUCGUUGGAUUAUGUCCACUCUUGUCCACACUGACCAAUCAGAACAGAGGCUGACUCAACAGAUGUGGCCCGCUGAGAGAAAAGCCUCUUUUUGUACAGGUUCUCAUUGACCUGAACACAACAGCUCCCCAGGUGCCCCCCCAUGUUUCUGCAAACACACCGCUCCCUGGAACUGUAAAGACCACAUUAAAGCCAAUUAGUGUGCGUUCAUUUAUUUGUUAGUACGCUUGGUUCAGACAGAUAGAUAAAAGAAUAACCAAAUAUGAUUGUCUUGAGUCAACAUCAUGACCAGGUUUAGUUAGCAUGCGCAGAGAUCCGCUGCCUGGAAUGCUUAGACUAAUCACUAAUAAUAAAAUAGAGUUAUUGUUAUGUCAUGACUGAAUAUAGUUUUGCCUCUUGUGGAAAUAUGGUUAGUUGCUGGUGUAAAACAGAACAUGUGUUUACUAUAACAAGGUCCAACAAAGUCUGUUUUCAAAACUUACUAAGUUUAUCCUUUUUAUCAUUUCCUCCUAUUACAACUGAAUAGCUGAAAUUUACACCAACUAGUGACGUUACAUUCAUUGAGUUGAUAAUAUUAACACAUUUCCCUUGCAAACAGUAGGAAUUCCUCUCAUGGUGGACAGACCAUGGCGACGCUGUCGAGUGGUUUCAUCCAGAUAGUUUGAGAAAUGGCAAUCGGUGAAUGGAAGCCUUAAUGUCAUGUUUUGAGUCAGUUAGAAGCCAAAAUACUUGAUAAACUGUGGCAUAAACAUUUUAAUAAUCCUGCUGAAGCUGAUGUUAACAGAGCAGCUCCAAACUUGUCAGUGGUUUUGAGAGGCUUUUUAGCGACUAGUGGAAGGUUGUAUUUAAAGUUUAAACCAAAUGCCAUGAAGAAUAAAGGUUUCCCCUUCCCCCUUUCCUUGUCAGCUCUUUAACCCCCGCAGUCUGGUCGAGUUCAACAAGCCCCAACUGGCCUCUAGUUCUUUCUUAUGGUAAUCCAUGCCGUUUUGGGCUUUAGCUUUUGCUAUUAUUCUCCACUGACCUGUUGGUCUAGCUUUCUUAAGUUUCUCUCUUCUUUGACCACAAAAGUUGUCAGUCAGUCGGGUGUCCCUGUGCGCUUUAGCCUCCGUAGUCGUGUUAUUCUUGCUAUCUUUGUUAACAGUCCUUGCCAUAAGGUUAGAUAACAACAAUAUGUGGCUGGAUAUUAGCUAAAUUUGCAAUCCCCAGUGGAACUAGUGGUAAACAUUGAGCUUGAAUUAUUCAGGGAAUUUUUGAGUUGAAGGACAACAUUAGCCAAUAAUAAUUAUCACAACACUAAAAUGGAUGAUAUUGUAAAAAAAAAAAAAAAAAAAAAAAAAAAAAAGCAGGCUUGGCUGAGUGCAGUUUUUGACCGAAUAUAAAAUGACAACUCCUCUUGCGUGACUUUUGCGUUCAAGUUUGAUGAACGCAUAAAGCAGCUGAAAUAUUGAGAAGGUUUUAGUGAAGCACAUCUACCAAUGUGGUAAUAACCCCAUGCAUCCUGACAUGAACCAUAUUAAACGUUUGUCUUAGAAUGAUUGUGGGAUAAUACUGCUCCUUUUGGUGUUCUCUGUGUGUGCAGACGUGUGUGUGUCCUACAUCAGCCUGAGUGUUCAAACUGGGUCACACCAGAACCAAGCUGCAAUACUGCAACACCGGGCACAGAGAGCAUGUGCAGACACACACGGCAGAGAGGAGCAGAGACAUGCUCUCGAGUUCUUAAAAGGAAAAGCGUGUGUGCACAUAAGUGACGGCAACAAAGAGCAACUUGGGAUGCGUUGUCAUGACAACCCUGUCGGCAGCCCGCCCACAAGCUUGUAUGUCUGUGAGCAUUACUCAGUGAGAGAGAGAGAGAAAAAACCACGGCUGCAGAGAGAGGCAGUGUGUGAUUGGUCACACCCCCUUGUCUUUGUGUGGCGCAGGGGAUUGUGGGUAGCCUAUGACUGAAUGCUCAUUUGUGUGUGUGUGGGAAAGAGGGGAGGGUGCUUCGAGUGUGUAUUUAUGCGCGUGAGAACAGUGGAGGACGUUGCCUGUGAGUGUGUGAGUAGAGGGGGAGGAGCACAGUGUGUGUGUGAGUGUGUGACAUAGAGGAGGAUGAGCUAGUGUGUGUGUAAGAGAGAGCUGCGCGACCAUCUGAGACUACUCUGGUCCUUUUAACAGGAUUCUAUUUUGAUUUCCUCAAUCGUGGACCACCAUCAGCCAAGAUUUGUGUUCACUGACCUGAAUCUUUCAAAUCUUGGUAUCGUGCUGCAAGAUUGAGAAUCAACUACAACAUGGUGUCAUGGUGUUGGUAAAAGGUGAUGUGUCACCCAUCAGUAUGUCCCCUAUUAGCCAAUCACAGUUCAUCCCUCUGGGAGAGGUACUGCUAUUGGCUAUCUCUGCUAUGAACUCCGCCCAUAAGCCUGUCACUCAAGAGGCUCUGACAGAUCAUCUGCAGACAUGUUUUCCAGGUGUCCCCACACCAACGGAAGAGGUUCUGCAUCACACGCUGGGAAUGCUGGUCCGUGAGCGGAAAAUCUACCCAACACCAGACGGAUACUUUAUUGUAACACCUCAGACUUACUUUAUCACUCCAAGCCUGAUCCGAACAAGCUCCAAGUGGUACCACUUAGACGAACGGGCCGCUGACAGACACCAACAGCAGCACCAACAGAACCAGCAGCAGCAUCAGCAGACCCAGUGUACAUCUCCUCUCUCUGGCACCAUCACACCAUCCACUUCUGGGGGCGUUCGCGACAGAACGCACCAAAAGUGCUCUCAGAACCACGGUGGAGGAGGAGGGGAUUUUUACAACAACAGUUACCGUGAAGACCCCCCCAGCCACCACACCACCUUGCAACGCAGAUCCCCCAAAGACCAUCGGGAGGCGUAUUCAUCUCCACACUCCCCUCAUUCUCCACAAACGCCUCCACAGCAAGGAGGCAACACAGAAAAGAGCCGCAGCACUCUCGGGUUCCCCUUCAAAACGGACACGCUCACCAAGCAUCGAGGAGGUGGUGGUGGUGGUGGCGGUGGUGGAAGUGGAGGAGGAGGGACGACAACUGAACAAGAGAAGCAAGCAGUAAGUGGAGGAAGUGGCACAGGGAGUCGGAAGUUUGGCUUAAAGCUGUUCCGUCUAAGUUUUAAGAAGGACAAGACCAAACAGCUGGCCACCUUCUCCGCACAGUUCCCCCCUGAAGAGUGGCCGCUACGUGAUGAGGAGACACCUAGUCAACUUCCACGCCAUAUAGAAAUGGAGAUAAUCCGCAGAAUCAACCCUGACCUCACAGUAGAGAACUUGGCCCGGCACACAGCCGUCAUGAAACGCCUGGAGGAAGAGCGCGUUCAGAGGAGCAAAGCCUCAUCUGCAAACCAGAGCUCUAGAAGUCGUAGGAGUGGCGGUAGACAUCGUAAACAGUCUCAAACGAAGCUGAGCCGCUCGCACAGCAAGACAAGGGCAUCACGUGGCGAGCCAAGUGAUGGGUCCCACCUGGAUCUAGCCGAUAGGGACUACAGAGCUUAUUCUUCAUCACUUGCCCGGUCGCCCAGGGAACACGCCCUGGCCAUGGAGAGGCAGCGGACACGCCUUCAUCUGGCUCAUAGCAACCCUAACAUCCUUGAUGCCUCCCACCUACCAGUCACACCUGAGUGGGAUGUUUCAGGGGAGCUUGCCAAACGACGGACGGAAAUGCCUUUCCCUGAGCCAAGCCAUGGUCCUUCAGCACACCACUCCAAAGUCCACCGCUCACAUUCCCACACCCAAGAGAGGAAGUCCAGGAAUGAACGCAGUGACAAGGCCAAGGAAAGAUCCAGAUCCAUGGACAACUCCAAAGGACCACUUGGUACUGGGUUGCUUGGGCCACCAAGUUACUACGAUGAUCGGAGCAGGUAUUACACAGAUGAUGGGACACUACGAGCCAAUCAGAGUUCCUCUCACUAUCCCCGGUCCACUCCACCCUCAGCCAAGCUGCCUGGGGAUUCACUUGGGUUGGAAGGUGGAAGGAGCUUAGAGAAGUGUAAGAGCAGGGACAGUUUGCCUGCCUACUCACCUAAACCACUGCCCUCUUCAGCGCCCCCUGAUGAUUACUUCCAAUGCUCUGGUUCUUCUGAGGCAGUUCUCACAGCACCAAGCCCACUAGGAACUCUCGGCAAAAGUAGCCAUGAUGGGUUAAAACUGGGCAGCGCUGAUAGGCAAUCAGACAGACAGACUCCACAUCUGCAAGACAGCAAAGAAGAUCUGUUGAAGGUUGGACCUAAAGGUGGAAGCCUGCCUCCUAUACCUCUUUCUAUUCCUGACCCCCCACUCUCAAAUGGACGGCCUCUGCACAGUACUUCCAGUGUACAGGAAAAACGCAAGGAGAUCUUUAGUAAAGACACUCUAUUCAAACCUCCUCCUAGCCUCCCGCUACCAGGUUAUAGCUCUCUGAGAAAACCCCCUGCCCUUACUUCGUCCAAUCUGUCCUCGUCCUGUGACGCACUUGAUUCCCAGGAGGCCUUUGAUGCUCCAAAACCUCUGGUGGCUACACCGUCUGUUGUUCCACAAGACAUUGAACCAAUGACCACUGCUGCUGAGGCCUCCUUCGACUACUAUAACGUCUCAGAUGAUGAUGAACUGGAGGAGGGGGGCAGUAAAAGCAGGGGCGAGGGUGAUAAGGCUGGAGGAGGCGUUGCCGGAAUGGGAGGUGGAGGAGCAGGGACCAUGCAGUGGCUGCUGGAACGAGAAAAAGAGCGGGAUCUCCAGAGGAGGUUUGAAAGAACCCUUGCCUUCCCUGGUGCUAAAGAGAACCUUCCAGAACCCAGUCAAAAUCAGCAGUCAGCUCACUCUGCCAGACUGGACAGUAUGGACUCCAGUUCGGUCACUGUGGACAGUGGAUUCAACUCGCCACGAACCAGGGAGAGCCUGGCUUCAAACACGUCCUCCAUCGUGGAGAGCAACCGUCGACAGAACCUGGCACUGAGCCCCGGACACCUUGGUAUGACGACCGGCAAUGGUCCUCCCUUCUCCUUCCGCGCCAUCCCUGAACCUGCGGGCACUCAACCGGAGAAGCUGCAAAAGCCUAGCGCCUGUCUCGCGUCCAUCACCAGCGUCUAGAGGCGUCAUGAGGACCGCAUGAGGCUCGAACCUGCCCCUGAGGGUGGUCCCACCUCAAGGACUGUUAACACCUUAAGACUUACAGACUGAUCAGUGGAGCUGCCACGGGCCCACUGUGGAACUCUAGCUGUUAACACACACAUACACACAAUCAAAUGAAGAAAGAAGUGAAGACCACCAGGAAUAUUUCUCUCACCAUGCCACUGGGCAGACUCAUCCUGUCAUUCUACACACUCUAGUUUACACACUGCAGUUUUUUUUUGUUGUUGUUUGCAAGUGAGUGGGAGGGCGUGUGUGUGCGCGUGAGAAAUGUUUGCAUACCAGUUAUCUGUUAUCUCAGGUCAUGUCAUUUCCACUUCGUCCAGGCUUUUCCACAUCAGUGUGGCUCCCUCUAGUGGUGUCGUCUGCAUUUGCACAUUUAAGGGACGUAAAUCGAUUUCUUACUCAUAGACUGUUUGUCUCUGAGCAUUCAGGGACAGUAUUUGGUGGCAACACUGGAUCUAAAAAUGCAUUUGCAGCUUAGCUAGUUAUUGAACCAAAUGGUAGGUUUUAAACACGUGACAAACCACUGCAGCUUUACUUUCUAUUCAGUCCUGGAACACAAGAGUCACUCCAGAGUGACACAGUUUCAGUGUGUCUCCUGAAUGUAGCUGUUUAUGGCUUCCUCCUGUGUGGCCUGCACACAACAGAGCCAACACCAAAUGUUGUGCUGAGGAAUCACCAUCCAUCAGACAAUUUGAUCUCCCUGCAGUUAAAGUAAAUCUCAUUACAUGCCAAGCAGAUGACCAAGUAUGAUGUGGCCUUCUUCUAGUUGUCAGGUACACCUGACCACGUUACUGUUCCCUCUUGCGGAACCCAGUUCCCCUGGAAGGAAGAGUACAAAUGCAGAAUCACCAGUAGCAGCGAAAAACACGAACACCCGACACAAACGGCUGGAAAGUGGACCUGUUUUCAUUUUUUAAAACCAUGCAACCGCUCCAUCUCGUUCAGUUUGUUUUCAUCAAAUCCCUGAGUGUUCAACCCUGGUGCUAAGAUGUAUCGUGGCCGGUCACGAUGAUAAUCAUUAUUAAGAGUGAUGAUAUAGUUGAAAUAUAGUAUUAAAUGGCUGCUUGUAUCAUAGGUUUCACCAAUGGCCAUGUAUUCCCUUCUAUGAAGCAUUUAGGCGAACUGGAUCGGUGUAACACAGAAAGCGAACAGGCAGAUGGAUUCACGAGAAGACAGACCUACAUAUGACAAAGUGGUGGUCUGACACGGAACUGAACUGCUCACAGAGAGCCCUGAGGUCCACUAGGUUUCAAGCAGGUUCUCAUUCUGAGUCCUGUCCUCCUAUUGGCUCAGGAAUCUGUCAGUCAUCCCAGUGUGGUUGUCCUACAGGCGUCUCUACAACUACCUCCACAAAAGCAAAAACACAGCCCGACCUUUCUACAAUCAGACUGUCAUCAGUCUCGAGCCUGUGAAUGUCUACACACACAUACACACACACACAGACACAGUUAACACACUACACAUCAAAGUGCUGGACUCCCCUGUUGUUUUCCUCCGCUCACAUUCACAGCUUCUUCUAAUGGAACAUGAUAGCCCAUCCAACCGUCCUCCCUCGUCACCACGCCCUGUGCUGGUACAUGCUGGUCACCCCAAGUCCCGCAAGCCUUGAAAAUAUGGCUCCAGUCGCCACGUCUACAAAGACUCCCAGAAAAAGAUAAGAUAAUGUAGUAUUGAUUUUAAGACUGGGGUAAUUUUUGUCUGAACUUGCCUUUUGCACUCGUCUUAAUUGUUGGCAUCCUCACAUCUCUGGAGUUCUCUUUAGGACCUAAAGGCAUUUGAAUUGAAAGCAUCACUUGUGACACAGAGAGCUGAAGAUGAGCGGCCCUGGAGUAACCCAUAUGAGCCAACAGAACGACGCUGUACACCAAAGACUGUUCAGUUCGCAAUCAUUGUACAAUUUCGCAUUCGAAGGUGAAACGCCAAUGUGGCGCCCCCUGCAGAGAACUCCUGAGGAGUCAGUUGCUAACGGUUGGCAUCACGAUUUGAAACAAAGAGCCUGAAAAGAAGUCGACAGUAACAAAAUAUAGAAAAAUGUGGAAAUUAAAAUUGAAAGAAAUAUAUAUAUCAGUGUUUAUGUGUUCAUCUCACUGCCUUAGAACUGUCGCACUAGAGAUUAUAGGUUCUUGAUGGAACCCCUUUUAUGGUCAUUCCACCACACAUUUCUGGAUAUGGAUCCUGAACCUCACCAGGAGAGGUAUAAAUCGAAGUUGCAAAGCGAUUUUUAUGGAAACUGAAAUCGUGCAGAUGUCCUUUGCAGGGCGAAAGUUCUUUAUCUUGGCUAACCAAAACAGAUAUAUUAGACUCCCAUAACAUGGCGUGUCUACUUUUCAAUCUAGUGUAAUCAUUAUUGAAUUCUUGGCCUGGAUGGUUUCACCUGCUCGGGCUCGGUAACAGGAUUGUACUUAAGUGUCUGGUGGAGAUCAUGGGGUUCCAUCCUCAUGUCAAAUAUUUGCACUGCCCCUGCCCAGCCUCUAUCAGGCCUAGUGGACCUCCAUCACCCGACCCCUCCCUGCUGUAACGCUCCUCGAAACCUUCCAUCCCUUUUCUACACUGACAGUCCAUGAAAUGUCUUCCCUUAACAUCAGUGGUGGUGGUUUCUAACAAUUGAGGUUCAACAAUAACAUUGUUUCAAAUGGUGACAGUAUGUCAUACCUGUAAAUGAUGUUUAUCUGUCAUGCCUAGUAAAAAUAAUUUAAACAAUAAAAAGAGGGAUUUUUUAAAAUGUCUAUAAUAUCAGAAAGUCCCUUUUGAUGUUAGUACUGGUGUUACCGUUGUUGUAGUGUACGUGAUACCCUAUGGGGAUUGUGUUACUUUUUAAGAUAAUAAAAUAACAAUGUUUGUUUAUA